UUAUGCUUUGGGUCAUAUUGUAUCUAGUGUGUAAUGAAUUUAUAUUUGAUUGAAUAAUCUGACUUUGAUAGAUUGUUCUUGGAGGUGGCCUCUCAAGGAUUUCUAUUACGUGACUUUGUAGGGUUUGCACCACAUGAGGUUGGGGUAUGGUAUGGACACAGCUAAUGGACUUGUGAAUGGGAUGUAUACUAAUGGAUUAUAUGGUCAUUAUUGGAACCCAAAUAGACUUGGUAUGGGAUAUGGAUCUAAUGGUUUUGGUAUGCAAAGAAAUGGAUGUGGGUGGAUGGCUUUUCAAAACAAGUAUAAAUACAGGGGGCGAGGCAGUUCCUUCCGCUAUGGUAACCAGGACAUAGAAGGCUUGGAUGAGUUGAACAAGGGACCUAGAGGUAAAAGUUAUAAAAAUCAAAAAGGAUAUUCACCUGUUACUGUAGCAGUUAAGGGGUGCAACAUGCCGUUGAAUAAAACUGAUGAUGAGAAGGAUGCACUUAGCAUGAUUCCAGAGUGUGAGCAGUACAUUGGAGCAGAUAUCCAUGAUCAUUAUGCUGAUGCUAAGUUCUUCAUUAUUAAGUCAUAUAGUGAGGAUGAUGUUCAUAAGAGUGUCAAGUAUAAUGUUUGGGCCAGCACACCAAAUGGAAACAAUAAGCUUAAUGCAGCAUACCAGGAGGCUCAGGAAAAAUCAGGUGGCUGCCCUGUAUUUCUGUUCUUCUCGGUGAAUACCAGUGGCCAAUUUGUUGGCCUGGCGGAGAUGGUGGGGAUGGUGGAUUUUGACAAGAGUGUGGAGUAUUGGCAACAAGACAAGUGGACUGGCUGUUUCCCUGUUAAGUGGCACAUUGUAAAGGAUGUACCCAACAGUUUGCUAAAGCACAUUACCCUAGAAAACAAUGAAAACAAACCUGUCACUAACAGUAGGGACACUCAAGAGGUCAAGUCAGAGCAGGGGCUUAAAAUGAUCAAAAUAUUCAAGGAUCAUUCCAGUAAAACAUGCCUUUUGGAUGAUUUUGAGUUCUAUGAAGCUCGGCAGAAGACAAUUCAGGAAAAUAAAGCAAAGCAGCAAAUCCGGAAACAGGUAUUGGAUGGGAAGCCAACUAAUGGGAGAAACCGGACAGAUGAGUCACUCAAAUCCCCAGAGUCAUUUGGAACUGCCUUGGAUUUGAUUACGGAACCAACAUCGAUUGCUCAGACUAAUGAGGAACUGAAGUUGUCGGAAAAUGGAUCAGUUGCAGAAACUGGAGACGGUCCAAAAGGUCCAGAAGCAGUUGUGUCCGAGGUUACUGUAACAGAAUAGGUUGUAAACUGCUGCUAGCUUGUACAAUGCACAAUAGUGGCUCAUUACAUUGAAGAUUUUCUUGGUAGGAGUUUCUUCAGAGGUUUUUCUGGUUUAGCUGCUUUAAUGAGUAUGAAUCAGAGGAGUAAAAAGUGAUAUUAAGAGAUUUUUCCAAGCCCCAUCGUAGUCUUUAUGUGGGUGGGUUUUAAUUGACAAUAGUUAGCGUGCAUAUCUGUACUGUUUUCUCCGCCCGUUUGAUAUAUUUUGUUGCGAAAUGAUUUUGCUUUUAUGCUUGUUUGUAAGAGAGAUGCAAGUUUUGAACAAUUGCAAUACAGUUGAGUUUAAAACAGUUCCGGUGGCCUCC